UGGCAAGUGUCGCAAACGUGUGGGAGGCUUUGAGCUGCUCGUUACGUAGAGGCUGCCGCCUACACUGACCUGGAUAUCUGUGGCCGAGGACGGCUCUGCCGACCUCGUUUCAUAUCACUGCUUUAGGACUGCGGCACAGCGCGCGGACCUGUUUUACGCUGCAGGGCCCUCGUGCUGAAGGCUUUGAACAGCAGCGGUGUGUCCGCGAGGACGGACUGUUAGCAGCCUAAUGGACAGGAUCGAUAACAAGGCCGGGCUGAGGACACUUAUCGUGUCAUGUCUGUGUUUUAUGGUCUCUGAUCACGCCGUGUGUCCGACUCGCUGCUGCGUGGAACUGGGUCUCUGUAUCGUGCACCUCCGUUUACUCAGACAUCAGUAUUUACUUCUCUGAAGCAAGGAAGUGGAGCUGGCGGAACUCGGAGAACGUGAGAGCGGAAGUUGUGUGACUUGACCGCCAUAAUAAAAGCCUUAAGUGGUUUUGUUUACGCUUAUAAAUGGCUUCUGGGAUUAAACAGAGGAGUACAACUGGAACAAAACUACAGCCAACUUGUCAUUUGUAAAAUAACGUUUCGUCCUUUGCCAGCGCCGUGUAUCCCGAAUGAUCUAUCCACGUUGGUUGGCUUUAUUUUGGAGUGUGCGAGCGGAAGUCGCCCUUGGCUCUUCGUGCGCUGACACUGGUAGGAAGUGGGAUGUGGCCAGGAUGUAUUUAUGCUGCUGUCCGAGAUGUGAGAGUCAGUGAAUCAGCUCUGCCUUUAGAGCCCGUGUUCUCCGGCGCUCACAGCGGGGGUACGCUCACUGCCGCUGCCCGUCAGCGUGGUUCGUGUCAGGGGUCGAAGCAGCGGCCGGAGCCGCUGUGCUGUCCCCGCCUGGACGGCACCGUGCCCGGGAACAGUUUGUUGAAUUUGUGCGCGUGGCUGUAGCCUGAGCUUUACGUAAUGACAGCAUGUGAAUGACAUGUUUGGCGUGUGACUUUUUUGCCCAGCACUGCACAUCCACGAUUUUAAACACAUGUCAAGAACUCAGCCUCAGAUGAUGAUGGAGUCCUCUGUCGCGCUCGGCAGGCUGGAGCUGGCCCCCAGCUCCUCCGCGGGUGGGGUCCCUCUGACCUCUCGGCUCCCCGGAGGCGCACCCCCUAAAGAAAAGCCCGGCCAGCCACCCUCGGGGCACCAGAGCCAGGCUCACCUGAACGGCUGCGUCCCGCUGUCACAUCAGGUGGCGGGUCACAAGUAUGGAGUGGAUAAAGUGGGUAUUUUGCAGCACCCAGAUGGAACAGUCCUCAAACAACUUCAGCCUCCACCCAGAGGUCCACGAGAGAUGCAGUUUUACAGCAUGGUUUAUGCAGAGGACUGCUGCGAUCCCUGUCUUCUCGAGCUCCAGACUUAUCUGCCCAGAUACUACGGCACCUGGUCCUCUCCUGACAGGCCCAACGACCUGUACCUGAAGCUGGAGGAUGUGACUCGUCACUUCAUCAAACCCUGUAUCAUGGAUGUGAAGCUGGGCCAGCGGAGCUAUGAUCCGUACGCCUCACAGGAGAAACGGGAACAGCAGAUCAGAAAAUACCCGCUGAUGGAGGAGAUCGGGUUCCUGGUGCUUGGCUUGAGGGUGUACAAGGUGUGCACGGACACUUUCGACUCCUAUGAUCAGCAUUAUGGAAGAGGACUGGUUAAAGACACUCUUAAAGAUGGCUUGUCUAAAUUCUUCCAUAAUGGAGUUAGCCUGAGGAAGGACGCCGUGGCGGCGAGCAUCCACAGAGUGCAGCGGAUCCUUCGCUGGUUCGAGUCCCAGCACCAGCUGACUUUCUAUGCCAGCUCCCUUCUGUUUGUCUACGAAGGCCUGCCCUCCUCUUUCUCUUCAUCCUCCCUGUCGUCCCUCCUCAGCAGUCCAUCCAUCAGCCCCACUCUGAUGGUAAAAACGCCCACGUCUUUGUCAUCAGGUGAAGGCGGCAUGGAACGGAAAGCCAGGCAGGGAAGGCUGGGGCAGGGAGAGGAAGUGGCCGAGUACAACAACAACAACAUCCAGGUGGCAGAGCACUGGGACUACAGCCUGGACACUGUUUAUUCCAAUCGCAGGAAAGGUGAGGACGGUCACAGGGGAGACGACGGUGCUGUGAGCGCUGUGUCUGGAGACGGCGUCUCAGCACCGUGUGAGGAGGACAACUCUGCAUGGAAACAGUCGCAUGAGCUGCAACGACCACCUAAUGGGAACGGAAACAAAUCCCAACUGCAAGGAAAGGAUGUGGACGGGGAGGAGGCGAAGGGCCAAGGAGGCGACGAAACGGAGACCGGUGCAGGAGACGCAGAGGUGGAGGUCAGGAUGAUCGACUUUGCUCAUGUUUUCCCGAGUGAGAGCCAGGAUCACGGCUACAUCUACGGCCUGAAGCGCCUGCUGACGGUGCUGGAGCAGAUCCUGUGUGAUGCAGCGUAGAGCUCGCUCAAAGAAACCCCGCCUCCUGCUGAAACGACGAAGCAUCAUCUCACCUGACUGUGUGUGCGCAGUGGAGGCAACUGGGCAGCUGUGUUCUUCAGCACUACAUGCACUAACCAAUCCAUGAAGGCAUUAGGACCUCACACACCGCGUGUCCAGCUCACUGACGCUCACACAGGGUCACCUGACCUCAGCGAUCAGUGGGUUGAGUAUCUGAUGCCACGGCCAGUGAAACUGACAGCACGUAGUGUAAAAUGAUUGGAAGGUGUCGACCGUACCUCUGAUAAGGCUGCCGGUGACUCUGCGGUGUCUCGCUUUCAGGAGCUCAUCUAAUCCACUCACCACCUCAGUCCUGAUGUUUCCUGUCAGCUGUCCACAGUGAGGGAUUUUGUUUUUCCUGGAUUCACAGGGUCAGGAUUGCGGUGUAUUCUAUGCAGUCUGUCUGUAAACUACCUAAAGCUCCACUGCUCAUUCUGACACUUCCUGAUCAUCUUAUCAUUCACAGGGCUUAACUGGAUUCACUUCAUUUAUGUUUACAGUGUGGCGUCAGAUUCCUAAACCAGGGCUGGAAAGCAGAAGUGAGUCAGGGAUGAGGCGGGCCUGUUGAGCUCCACGGUUGUUGUUCAUACCACUGUCUAAACAUGUCUAACUCAGGUAUUUACUGUAAGAAACAACUUAAUAUUAGCGCUGUCGUGCUCCGUCUCAGCCACGGUCUGUUUGGUCCUCGACACGAUCGGGCUCAUCGAGCCGACCUCGGUGUCCCGGCGUUGACCCGUCGUUGACCCGUCGUCUUUCACCGUGGCUGUUUGGUUUUUGUUGUUGUAAACGUCGAGCUGCCAUAUCAUCCUUUCAGACGCCUGUCUGCUUGACUCUACAUUUGGAUUUAUCGUGAUGACUCUAGUGCCAUUGUUCUGUUGUUAGCUGUGUUCACUGAUUUUAAGUUGAUCAUGUGAGGAAUUCAUUUCUAACUGGGCAACAAUUGGAAAAUCAGCCAUUAUAAUUGUGUGUGUGUGUGUGUGUGUGUGUGUGGUGGGGGUUUCAGGCUGGUGGAGGGGACGUGCUGUACUGAUUAACACAGGAUGUGCUUGUGGUCUAAGCUGAGAUGACUCCCUAAGGAUUAUUUUAAGAUUGUAGGACGAAGAGCAGCAGCCGUGGGCACAAACGUCAGAGUCCCAACUCGUUCUUACACGACUCUCAGCUGAGCGCAGCUUUGUGUUUGUUAGUGCUUUGGUAGGAUAGAGCCUGCCGCAGAUGACUGUAUCACACCAAGUUCAGGCCCCAAAGCUGCUCCGGGUUUUCUUGCAGUCCUUGGUCUUGGUAACGAGGGUAAUAUUAAAAAAAGAAAGCUGGAAAUAGUGUUUUAGAAAUGGUGAUGCAGCUCCAGGAAGAGGAAGUCCCCGCUGGAUGUGGGCGAGAACAAGUAGUAACAGUUAAAGACUGCUUUUCUUAAAAAUGUGACCUUUUGUCAUGAUCUCAAAGUUUAUUUAAAUUGUCGACGAGUAUUUUUUUAUCUCUUGUAAAUUCAGUGCUGAAAUAUCUGCUUCCUGUCUUUUAUUUUGGAAUCGUACCCCCUCCUGUCUUUCACCUGGAAUGGCAAUAAUCCCCCUGCUGAUGUAAGGCAGUGUUCUGGAAAAGCGUUCAGCGGUGCUCGUGAUUGAUGCUGUUUCGUUGUGUGAAUGCUGUGGCUGUGACGCUGAGCUGCCUGGUGGGGGCAGCACGACCGUCUCGCCUCUGCACCAUAACUCCAGCUGAAUCACAUGACAUAAGGAAAAUCUCAAAAUCCCGAUGUUUUGUAAAUGAAACUGAUAAAAUGUAUUUGAACUGUAAUGUGAACCAAAAGCAAAGGUUGACACUUUUCUCUAACUUUGCUUCUUUUUUUUAUAAUUUCCAUUGUUUUUAGGUUAAUCUCUUAAAGGAUGUUUACGGGAAUUUUUUUUAAGCGCUGCCUUAUUUUCUGGUAAUACAUCUGGAUCAUGAUCAUUGUGGCAGCUUGUGACUCUCUGAGCCGCUGUGUCGUGGCUAACUAACAGAAGGGCAUUGCUUAUGAACAAUUGUUAACCGAGUCAGGGCGUGUCCCUGGGGCCCGGCGUCUCGGUGCGGGCGGGCAGCUUUACCAACAGCACGUCCACUUUGUUCCCAACAUGAACCUGAUGACACCAGCGUGUUGGUCUGCUAACACUGGUCACAGGUUUGUGACACUUCUCAUCUUAUUCCUGCUUCACUUUACAGCCAAUCAGAUGAAGCGCAUCAUAUUAUUGUUUUUGUUGUUGUCGUUUUCUCCCUUCAGCUUUUGCUCCACUCAUUUGUGCAUCGAUCUCUUUUAUGGUACUUUAAGUGCAAACUGAAAGUCUGAAUCACUGACUUACUAAAUUGUAACAACAAUCUGCCUAAUUACCCAAAUUUAUUCAUUUGCAUCUCAGCUGUAAUAUAAAGUCAAAGUGAAUAAAAACUUUAAUCUGUUUUCA